CACCACAUUCACACGCAGUUCAGAUCAAUAGGAAAUAGCAAAUGUUGGAUGUGUUAUGAUAAAUACGGUCAAAACCACCUGAAAAAGAUGCAUUUCAAGAGGGAUGGAUCAUUCAAUUUAAGGCUUACCACUUUUCAAACUGUGACGUCACGGCGAAGCUGAGCAGCAGACGACACAGGAAGACAUGGGCGGUGGUUCGAGUCGAGGUUCAAUGUGGGACAGUCUCUCCCAGCCGGUCAGGGUGGUCAUGCUAGGCCUGGACGGAGCUGGAAAAACAACGGUGCUUUAUAGACUCAAAUUUGACCAAUACGUCAACGCUGUGCCAACGAUAGGCUUCAAUGCUGAAAAAGUUAAAGGACAAUUUGGAAAAGCCAAAGGAGUGAAUUUCAUGUUUUGGGACGUCGGCGGCCAGGAUAAGAUCCGACCGCUAUGGCGGUCCUAUUCUAGAUCUGCUGAUGGAAUAGUGUUCGUGUUAGAUUCAGUGGACACAGAGCGAAUGGAUGAGGCUCGGAUAGAGCUAAUAAAGACCGCCAGGUGCCAAGACAAUGCGGGAACGCCAAUAUUGAUCAUUGCCAACAAACAGGAUCUCCCGGGUGCGAAGGAGACCAGUGAAAUUGAAAAACUGAUGGGCUUAUCUGAGUUAACUGGUGCUGGUCAUCUGUGGCAGAUUGAGUCAACUUGUGCAGUCACUGGCGAAGGCUUGAACGAAGCCUUAGAAGAUCUCUAUAACUUAGUCGUAAAACGACGAAAAUCAUUAAAAGCUGCCAAGAAAAAGGGCCGGUGAUUGAAUGAAACUCAAAAUAGGAUUUAUUUUAAUGCAUUCAGUCGAUAAGUUCCUGUGAUAUCUCAAUUGGAUUAUUAGUCAAUAGGAUGCUAUUUUCGUUCAUGUGCUAUUGUCAGACGUGGAAGUCACGCAAACUUCUGUCAAAUUAGGUGCUCAGUUCUUGACGAAACACUACAUCCCUGUCGCGGAUAACGAUGCUUUGGGUGACAAGCGUACCUAGUCUUUGAUACCUGAUGCUGAAUUGGUGAUGAGCUGUUGCUAUUGAGGGGCCAUGGUGGCCUGUCCAGGAAGAUCUGAGGAAGGACUUGCAUGUGCUUCAAACUGUGUUACAAUAGGGCUAGAGUGUGUAGUGCUGAUAAGCAUUGCUACUCAAGAACACGAUGGAGAAACGAUGCAAAUUAAUUCACUAUGGGCUACCUUCACACGAUAGCCAAGCAUACAUCAUCCCCAGGCAGAACCAUUGUGCUGGCGUGUUGCAUUUCCAGAAUGCCAUAGCUGCUAGCUUGGGCCUGCACGGUAUUCUUGGCUAUGUGGUUGUCCGAGCUUUAUCUGCUUCUGAUAGCUAUACUCAGGUUCCCUGUAACUGUACGUCCAAGACCACGACCAAUAUGACCUGUAUGUGACACCCAUCUCAGGCAUGUAAGACCAGUCCUUAUUUGGACCAAUUUAAUCACAAAUCUUUUAAUUUAAUUAUUGUGCUUGUGUCUCCUGUAAGUAUUUGGAUGACAUUGGAAUGUUUGACUAUUAUUUCCCACAUGAAAUGCCAUUGUAAAUAUGUAUCAAAUGAAAUCGUUCCUACAUGUAAAAUAAGGUCAACAAUGACGAACCCCAAUUCAGUUAAUUACAUGUAUGAAUAAUGUUGUAAUUGGAGGAAUAUUGUUGUUAAAUGUAGUAAAAAUUCUUUGACAUGCGGCUCAGAGUUGCUAGAAAUGUUGGUGCAUGUACAUGCAUAUUGUCGUAUCUCUUCAUAUAAAUCAACAAAACUUAAAUUGCGAAAGUCAAAAUUGCAUGUAUUCUAGUGCGUCUCUCGUAUUCACUAAAUUCAUGGUGUUACCACUACCAAAACAACACCACUUCUCUGUUCGUCUGUGCAAACCGAUGAUGUUAUAGCAGUCAUUGCAAAAACUGCAGCUCUUUGUUGUAAAACUGUCAAGAGGAUAUGUUGUGAUUAUUGGGAAUCAUGCAGAACAUGAACACAACGUCACAAUGGCAGUGAAAGCUCAAUCGAGAAAAAAAACUCGUAUAACAAAACGUGCAACAUCCACAAACCAAGUAGCAACCCGAUUCUAGUCUGAUAACUCGCUUUGUUUGUUUGGGGUUGCAUUUCUCCAAGUUGCAGCAGCUUCUUUGUGACUUGCAUAGUCCCGUGGGCUUUCCCUAAUAACGUUAAAACAUAAGUUUUGGUGGCAUUUGCCUAUCGUUCUCCCAAUUUAUCCUAGGUUUCUGAAGUUUUUCAAAUGAAUGUGCAGCUUUAUUAAACAUGGAGCAGACCAGUGUGACCGCUGUAGCACUGACCAUUCUUCUAUCUCAUCAGUAAAAGGUCUCCAACCCCCUAUAUCCCUGAUGUGCCGUGGGUGUCUCUUGGGUACUUUAUCUGGCCAAUGCCGCAUUACCAACGGCAUCCUGUGGCUCAAUCAAAUCACAUUUCCUGAUGAAACUGCGUGACUUAAUAACCAAAACUGAUGCCAUUAUUUGUGAUAGCGUAUGUACCAGGGGAUGGCUCAGAAACGAGAACACAUUGCAGUAGAAUGAAGAGAUGUUUGUCUAAUUAGACUGACCGAAAUAAUGCCGUGAUUUGCAGUCCAAGCUUAUGGGACAUGGCAAUAUCCGAAAGAGACAUUCGUAAAAAUGCCAUGCAUCUUCCAUUCCUUUAUCCCAUGGCACGAACCUGCUGUUGGCUUCUAUUCUACUAUUCUCAUCUUUUACAAAAAGUCCUCUUUUCUCGUCCUAUGGCGGGUAACGGCUCAUGUCGACAGCUAAUUAGUCUGAGAGUCCACAUAAAUAAAGCAUUGACGUAGCCUUCUUGACGUCCUUAUAGCUUUUCGUUGCCAUGGUUUGGUUCUUAGCGCAUCUAUAUUAAUGCAGCUAGCAUACAUAUUCGAUUUUUACGAAAAGUUGGUACGAGCGGAUCGAUGUGUUUACUUCGAAUCUGAUAGGCCAUGCCAAAUUGAUUUCAGUUCAGUGGCAAUACAAAUAAGAAGGAUCAAUUUGAAUCGCAGCACAAUAUCCGUAUCUCAUCAUGGUCUGUGUCAAAGCAUCCAUUGUUUGAUGUUGAAUAUGCUAAUGAUUCCGCUGAAGUAAAACGUGUUGCUGUAUAUUCCAUUUCUCAUUAUUUCAUAUUAUUGUUAACUUAUGAAUAUCAGGUUCUUUGAAUGUGAAAUUGGUAUGGCCUUGGAUUUGUGCAUACCCUGGGACUAGAUGUGUCAUUCAUGUAUUCUUUCGGAACGCUUUUCUUUUGUUUAAUAAUGCAAGCUGUGUAGAGCCAGCGAAAGAGCGAUAUAUCCUGGGGCUGAGCGUUGACCUGAAUUCACAAACUGAUCAAUAUUAAUUGAAAAUUGUAAUUGGAAAUCUGUUGACAUGCUCCGGGUGAAGUAUUUUAGUAUUGUUUCAGAUCAUAUUUGUUCUUGAAUGGUGUGUAGAGCAUUCUAGGUUGAGAUAUGACAGAUAUUGUUGGAGGGCAAUGAUGUUGGUGUAGGACGCGGAUGGUAAACGCAAUGGAUGGAUACCACCACUGCACUUUACUGCUGCAUGCACCUGAUGGACUUUUGGGCACUGCAAUUUAACUAAAGAAAUACGGGCCAAGAUCUACAUGUAUUUGGUUUUUUGCAUUGCGCUCUUGUCACUUCUAUGCAUAUAUGUGUACCGGUAUAAGAUAUUUUCACAAAUCCUUUCAGCUUAUAUAUACCUGUCAUUCAGGAAUUGAGACCAACAGCACUGAUAAUCAAAGUAAGUGCCGGUAGGAAACAUUGGGCUUGACUCAAUGAACUUAGUUGGACAAUAGCUUUUGAUGGUGCACCCAAGGAGAACACUGUCUGUUGUGGCUUAUUCAUAUCGUCUAUGCCUUAUGACUAUGAUAGAAUCUUUGUUAGUAGUGGUGUUUUUAUCAUGUAUCUGGAUCUUUGAAUGAAGUAUGAUCCCUGCAUGUGCAUGGCUUUUCAGUAUGAAUUUGCCUUCAGUUGAUACUUCCAAAACAACACAGGUUUACUGUACACCUGUUAAUGGAACGGGCUGCGGGUCGUCUGCCUUUGAUAUUGAGAGAUCGUGAUUGUCACAAUAUCGUGGCACCGCCCUUCUUCUUCUCAAUAGAUGGCUUUCUGAGAUGCAAAUAGCUUUGCAGGGAUGCAAAAACAAGGUGUUUUUUAGGGGUUUAGUAAAGAACGGGGUCACAACAUUUCUGGUAGAGUGGUGUUGCUGUGGUAACCACAGACGCCAUGACAAAGCAACAUGACGCCUCCUGCAGUUUACACCUGUUUACCACCUCGUGACUGUCGGCAGGGGUCUAUUAAUACCUUUUUUGCGAAUGUAAAGCACUACGGGCCCCGGGGUAGUUUUUAUUAAGGAAUUAGCAGAUUAUUGACAUCUGCUUUUGCAUCUCUUGGGUUGCAUGUAUUUUUUUUUCAGGGAUUACUUUGUGGAAAUGUUAUCAAAUAGUGUUAUCAACAGUGUUUCAUAGAAAGGGUAAUAUUUUAGUACUAGCUGCUUAGAUCAAAUCUGUUCACAGUGCAAUAUAAUGGCGGUCGUUAAUCCAAAACCGAAACCAAGGUUUUGUUUUAACGUUAUCGCCAAGAUUACAGAUCUGUUUAUUUUCAACAAUGAAACAUGUAUAAAACCAUGCAGUUGUAUAUGAUUGUUGUUAUUUUAUGUACAUUACAUGAAUAAGAAAGAUAUGAAUAUGAUAAGAUAA